GUCAGUAUGGAAACCCUCUGAAUAAAUACAUAAGGCAUUAUGAAGGACUGUCAUAUGAUGUGGAUUCAUUACACCAAAAACACCAGCGUGCCAAAAGAGCUGUGUCUCAUGAAGACCAAUUUUUGCUCUUAGAUUUCCAUGCUCAUGGGAGGCAUUUUAACCUUAGAAUGAAGAGAGAUAUGUCCCUCUUUAGUGAGGACUUCAAGCUACAGAUGUCAGAUAAAGAAGUUGAUUAUGACACUUCUCACAUUUACACUGGGCACAUUUAUGGUGAACAGGGAAGCUUUAGCCAUGGAUCUGUUAUUGACGGAAGAUUUGAAGGAUUCAUCAAAACGCACAGUGGGACCUUCUAUGUUGAGCCAGCAGAAAGAUACAUUAAGGACAUAACGCUGCCUUUUCACUCAGUGAUGUACCAUGAAGAUGACAUUCGAUAUCCACAUAAAUAUGGACCACAGGGGGGUUGUGCAGAUCAUUCUGUAUUUGAAAGAAUGAGGCAUUACCAAAUGACAGGCGCAGAAGAGCCAACUAACCAGCCUUCAGAGGAACAAACCAAUCAUGGCCCAGAACUCUUACGAAAAAAGCGAGCCGCACAGGCCGAGAAAAACACGUGUCAACUUUACAUUCAGACCGACCAUCUAUUCUUCAGAUAUUAUGGAACAAGAGAAGCUGUGAUUGCACAGAUAUCCAGCCAUGUGAAAGCAAUUGACACCAUUUAUCAGUCAACAGAUUUCUCAGGAAUCCGAAACAUCAGUUUUAUGGUGAAAAGAAUAAGAAUCAACACCACUCAAGAUGAGAAAGAUCCUUCCAAUCCCUUCCGAUUUCCAAACAUAGGUGUAGAGAAAUUUCUGGAGCUCAAUUCAGAGCAGAAUCAUGAUGACUACUGCUUGGCCUACGUGUUUACCGACCGUGACUUUGAUGACGGCGUCCUUGGUUUGGCCUGGGUUGGAGCCCCUUCGGGGAGCUCUGGCGGAAUAUGUGAAAAGAGCAAGCUUUAUUCGGAUGGGAAAAAGAAGUCCUUGAAUACGGGCAUCAUCACUGUGCAGAACUAUGGCUCCCACGUGCCUCCUAAGGUCUCUCACAUCACCUUUGCACAUGAAGUUGGCCAUAACUUUGGCUCACCGCAUGACUCCGGGACUGAAUGCACUCCAGGAGAAUCUAAAAACUUGGGACAGAAGGAAAACGGCAAUUAUAUCAUGUAUGCAAGAGCAACGUCGGGCGACAAACUGAACAACAACAAGUUCUCUAACUGUAGCAUUCGGAACAUCAGCCAAGUCCUUGAGAAGAAGAGGAACAAUUGUUUUGUCGAGUCUGGCCAGCCCAUCUGCGGGAACGGGCUGGUGGAGCAAGGGGAGCAGUGCGACUGCGGCUACAGCGACCAGUGCAAGGACGAGUGCUGCUAUGACGCCAACCAGCCAGAGGACAAGAAGUGCAAGCUGAGGCCCGGCAAGAGUUGCAGCCCCAGCCAGGGCCCCUGCUGCACCCAGGAUUGUGUCUUCAGGAAAGAAGGGGCCAAGUGUCGAAAUGAUUCCGAAUGUGCAGAGGAAGGACGUUGCAACGGCAGCUCCUCUUUCUGCCCUACAUCGGCACCAAAGCCUAACUUGACCGACUGCAACAGAAACACACAAGUCUGCAUCAAUGGUCAAUGUGCCGGCUCUAUCUGUGAGAAGUAUCGCUUGGAAGAGUGCACGUGCGCGAGCACCGACGCUAAGGAUGACAGAGAGCUAUGCCACGUCUGCUGCAUGCAGAAAAUGCGCCCAGAGACAUGCGCAAGUACAGGAUCUGACGUGUGGAAGGAGUAUUUCAGUCACAAAACCAUCACCCUGCAGCCCGGGUCACCCUGCAAUGAUUUCAAGGGCUACUGCGAUGUGUUCAUGAGGUGCCGCUUAGUAGAUGCGGACGGCCCUCUCGCCCGGCUAAAGAAAGCCAUUUUCAAUCCAGAGUUGUAUGAAAACAUUGCAGAAUGGAUUGUGGCGCACUGGUGGGCGGUGCUGCUGAUGGGGAUCGCACUCAUCAUGUUGAUGGCCGGCUUCAUUAAGAUCUGCAGCGUCCACACCCCGAGCAGCAACCCCAAGCUGCCACCCCCUAAACCCCUCCCAGGCACCCUGAAGCGAAGGAGACCGCCCCAAACGGCCCAGCCGCCGCCUCGCCAGAGGCCCCGAGAGAGUUACCAGAUGGGACACAUGAGACGUUAAGUGCUGGUUUUUUGCCUUGGUUCUUCCUAGUGCCUACCGUGGGAAAAUUUCGCUCCAAAGAAAACCUAUCUUAAGUCAUUGUCCCUGGUCUUAACUUUCAACUAGAACGCAAGCAGCAGAAGAGAAGAGGCAAGACCGGGGAGGGUGUGUGUGUGUGUCUUGGCUCAAGUGGAGAGAUUCAGCCGUGGCCUUUCCCGGCCCCCGAGGAGAGGCUUUCGGGCCUGGAAGCAGGUGGCCGUCCGUGCGGCGUUUUCCACCACCACCUCCUCCUCCUCCUCCUCCGGUUCUUUGUGGUUGCCUUUUCUUCACGUGCAGGCAAACGCUGGCCUUUGCGAAACGUUCUCCUCGCCCCAUUUCAAGCUAACUCUUUUUCAACUGUUGAGGCUAGGAAGCUGGACCGCCGCUCGCCCCAGGAGCCAUUCCUUUUGGCCAGUGUACAUAAAAGGGUCACAGGCAGGCCUUGUAUUUCUCAUGUACACCUGUAACGUCUGUGUGCAGUUGUAAACCAGAAGAAUUGCAAUAUGGAUGUUUCUUUGUAUUAUAAACCUUCUUACGCUCUUAAUGAGGAAAUUAUGGUUUAAUUGACAAAUACUCAGGAUAACAGAGGUUGAUGGUGUCCAGGAUUCUGUAAUGCUUUAAUGCAAGAAUUGUGAAUCACAUCAGAUCCUUUUUU